AUGGCUUCCUACGACAUCGCCCAGUAUCUCCUCGACAGAGCCAACAUUCAAGACACCGUUACCAAGAACUCCCUGUACUACGACACCCGCAACAUCUCAGGCCUCGCCAACGAAGUCUACGCCGCCUCCAUCCUGAUCGACUACACCUCCAUCCUGGGCGGCGAGCCCACCACACUCUCACGGACCGAGUGGCUCGAGCAGGCCCAGGGCAUCCUGCAGACCUUCGAGUCCAGCCAGCACCUUAUCUCGGGCAUCAUAAUCGACCUCCCUCAACCCGCCCCGGCCUCUUCCUCAGGAGGCACAACAACAACAACAACAACAACGAUGGCGACCCGACCAGAAAAGGCCUCCCUCAUGGCCCACGUGGGCGGGAACAUGAUCCUCAAGGGCCAGCCUUCUUCCAAUGUGAUCCAGAACGGGGGCAUUCUCGAAGCCGAGCUGCAGCGGGACCCAGAGCUGGAGAAGCAAGGGGUCAACCCGUGGCGCAUUACCAAGUACAAGGUGAUCAAGAAGUGGGGGAACGGUCCGGGCGACAAGGUGCUUGCGUCGGAGCUUCAGGCUUAA